GAGAUGACAUUAUUCAAGAAGAAAUACAAAUUCUUUUGAAUACUCCAAUUCCAUUGCAAGCAAUCAGAUUCAUUAAGAAUUCUAGUCGUAACUCGUCACGACCAAGUAAUUUAGUAUCCACCCCACUUUCUUCUACCAUUUCUAAAGAAUAUGAAAUACGUCCUAAUGCUGCUGCUCAAAAAGCUUCAUAUGAAAAAAUUAAAACAGCAAGAAAUAAGAUUACCGAAUUCGAAUCUUUGUACAAUAUAGCUUCAGAUACUAGUAUUAGAAGCGAUCUUGCUGUUAGAAUACAAGAGCAAAAAGAUAUUUCUCAACAUUCUGCUCGUAAAUCUCGAAAUUCUAAUUCAGCAAUACAUGAGUUUAUAUACUCUCAACCUUAUGUGCUUAUAGAGCCAUACGUGUCUACACAAAUUAAAGAAAAUGAUUUCGAAUAUAGCCUUUCCGAUA